GGGUAAAGAAAAGGGGAUGUUACUGACAACAAAGAGAUAGCAAACACUCCAGAUUCAACUGUGCAUACAAGUGGUAUUUAUCUCUCUCACUCUAGCCACCUUCCCCUUGCCUCAGCUCUGUCAUGCCUCGCUCAUUCCUGGUCAAGAGUAAGAGACCAGGAUCUCAUCCCCCUUGCUUCUCUAAAGGCACCAGACACACAAACCCUGACCAGCCACAACCUCAUACAAAUCAUCACGACAGGCAGAACGGGGUGUGGCAGGAAGUAAGGUCCCCACAUCGGAGCCCCUUCCAGGAGGACCAGGGCAACUUGUGCUCAGGGUCAGAGGUCAAGGACACCCUGGACUACCCCUGUCCUAGCUGGGACGCCAUGGCAACCAGACCACACAGCACCUCACCAGCUGACCUCUGGACCAGCUGGUCUGCAGAAACCGGAGGGUACGAUGGUGUGGAGCCAUCCGAGUCUGCCCUGCCCUGGUCCCUACACUGGCCCCGGGGCCCUGACAGAGAGAGGGAGCUGGAGAAACUGGUCCAUGUCUUACUGAGCCACAGGCCACAUAUGGACCUCAACUCCACCAGCCCAUGCCCCCUCUGUGAAAAGGUCUUGUCCUCGGGAGCUGUACUGAAGACUCAUUUACUCAGGUCACGUGCAUGCGUGCAUGCAGUUCCAUUGGCCACAUCAGCCAAAGCCCCAGAGCACCCCUACGAGUUCAAACAAUCUCUGGGCAUGUACGGAAGACCAAAGGAGCGUAGCUAUAGCUGUAAGGAGUGUGGGAAGGUAUUCAAGCGCUCCUCCACCCUGUCCACCCACCUGCUCAUCCACUCUGACACCAGGCCCUACCCCUGCCAGUACUGUGGCAAGAGGUUCCACCAGAAGUCAGACAUGAAGAAACACACCUUCAUACACACAGGUGAGAAGCCCCAUGUGUGCCAGGUGUGUGGCAAGGCCUUCAGCCAGAGCUCCAACCUCAUCACRCACAGCCGUAAACACAGCAGCUACUGGCCCUUCAGCUGCACGCACUGCCAAAGCAGCUUCCAGCGCAGACUGGACCUACAGCGCCACCAGGAGACACAAUGUUUUCAUAGCAGCGUGUACACACAGAGCUGAGGCCACGGGUAUAAUGGAGAUUUGUAUUACACAAGUACUGUAUGUAGCACAAGAAUUAGUGCUUUGUAAAGAGAUUGUUGACCGGUAUUUGCAGUUCCGUUUUUAUAUGGUACUUUGAUCAGUGACUGAAGCUAAGCACAGCAUUACUUAUGUUCAAGUUAUUUGGGCAUUUGUUUUUGUGGAUUUGCGUUCGCUCACAGCUUUUCUGGUUGACCAUUUGGAUAGUGCCUUGAGGGCACCUGAUCACUUUGUUAACAUCUCUAGCAAUGUCAUAUAUAGUGUACGAGCUGGAUUCCAUCCAUAGCGCAGAAGAUCAGCGUUGUAGCCGGUUGAAAUGUAAAGGUCAUUUUCGAUUGAGCCAACAUAUGCAACGUUUACCAUGAACGCUGUCUCCGCCAACACGGAAACGUUGCCUUUAAAUGUCAGUCACGCUUUAACGCUACGGAUUGAAUCCAGCCCUUUAGGCCCUUUAGGCCCUGGUCUUUAGGCCCUUUAGGCCCUGGUCUUUAGGCCCUGGUCUUUAGGCCCUUUAGGCCCUGGUCUUUAGGCCCUUUAGGCCCUGGUCUUUAGGCCCUUUAGGCCCUUUAGGCCCUGGACUCUACUGUGCUGUAUGUCUAAAAGACACCUUAUUAAAAAAAGGUGCUUUGUAGAGUGACAAAGCAAACCCCUAUUUCCCACGGUAAUUGGCCAUUUUCCUCAGAGAGCCGUUGCAAUUGUAGCUCCCAUUUUCACUUCCCUGUGGCAGCCCACCCAAGGGGAUAAUAACAUACAUUCAGGCCAUGUGGAACAUGAUAAAAAUAAUGUCUCUGACUGCAGUACGAGCAGAGAGAGACAAUGAUUAUGUUGAAAUGACGCUCCACAAUUAUGAUGAGACAACGUGACUGUAUAUUUUCAGUGUCACAGCCUGGUCAGCAUGAGUAUAUAUUAAAAGGGAUUUAGAUAUAAAAAUG